AAACCAUUUCUUAAAGCUCCCAUGGCUGCCUCCCUUGCAAACCCUGCUGCUGCUUGCAGACUUCACAAGGACCAAUACCCUUGGUUGCAUUUUCCUUCCAAAUCCCUCAAAUUCACUGCUUUCCCUUCUUCUUCCUUCAUUGCUAGAACCACCGCUCGAACUUCCUCUUCCGCCUCCUUCGCGUUGACCAGGGACCCCGCCUCUGUUAUUCUCAUGGAUGACCUCAUGAAGGAUGAUAAUGGGUCGGUUCAGCUUCAACGACCCGACUCGUUUGGUCGGUUCGGUCAAUUUGGCGGCAAGUAUGUCCCUGAAACUCUUAUGUAUGCACUCACUGAGCUCGAGGCUGCGUUCCAUUCCCUGGCGGCGGAUGAAGAAUUCCAGAAAGAACUGAAUAGCAUUCUGAGAGACUAUGUCGGUAGGGAGACUCCUCUUUAUUUUGCUGAGAGGUUGACAGAGCAUUACAAGCGUCCUAACGGUGAAGGGCCCCGCGUAUAUCUAAAAAGGGAAGAUCUUAACCACACUGGAGCUCACAAAAUCAACAAUGCAGUUGGCCAAGCUUUGCUUGCCAAGCGACUGGGCAAGAAACGUAUUAUUGCAGAAACUGGAGCUGGCCAGCAUGGAGUUGCCACUGCUACUGUUUGUGCCAGAUUUGGGUUAGAGUGCAUAAUUUAUAUGGGUGCACAAGACAUGGAAAGGCAAGCACUUAAUGUCUUCAGAAUGCGUCUUCUUGGUGCUGAGGUGAGAGCAGUGCAUUCUGGGACAGCUACACUGAAGGAUGCUACGUCAGAAGCUAUAAGGGAUUGGGUGACCAAUGUGGAGACAACUCAUUAUAUUUUGGGUUCAGUUGCUGGGCCGCAUCCGUAUCCAAUGAUGGUAAGGGAGUUUCACGCAGUGAUUGGCAAGGAAACGAGAAAACAAGCAUUGGAGAAAUGGGGAGGGAAACCAGAUGUGCUAGUAGCAUGUGUUGGAGGAGGUUCAAAUGCCAUGGGACUUUUCCAUGAAUUCGUUGAUGACAAAGAUGUUAAGCUGAUUGGAGUGGAGGCUGCUGGUUUUGGUAUUGAUAGUGGUAAGCAUGCAGCAACAUUAACAAAAGGAGAAGUUGGGGUUUUGCAUGGAGCAAUGAGCUAUCUGUUGCAGGACGAUGAUGGCCAAAUUAUUGAGCCCCACUCUAUUAGUGCAGGCUUGGACUACCCUGGUGUUGGGCCAGAGCACAGCUUCUUGAAAGAUAUAGGACGUGCUGAAUAUUACAGUGUUACUGAUGACGAAGCAUUGGAAGCAUUCAAGAGAGUGUCCAGACUAGAAGGCAUAAUCCCAGCAUUGGAGACAUCUCAUGCUCUUGCUUACCUCGAAAAGCUCUGCCCAUCUCUUCCGGAUGGAACUAAGGUUGUCCUUAACUGCAGCGGCCGAGGUGACAAGGACGUUCAAACUGCCAUCAAGUAUCUCAAAGUAUGAAGCUGAUGGAGAAAUUCUUGAAUAGACCCAGUUCAUAGAAAAUGUCGUAAAGCAAGCUGAUUUACAAAGAAACACAUAAACAUGUCAAAGCUCAAUCUCACUGAUGUGUUUGGCUGCAUGUUUGUGUGUGUGUAGUUGGGUUGGUCUAUAUUUACUUUUUGUCAAUCAAGUCUACUUCAAGAGUUCUUCAAGGCGGUGGUCCUUUUUUUUUUUCCCUUCCCCGCUAGGACUUGUCAGAGUAUGGGUUUUAGGAGAGCUGGUAUUUGCUUGGGAAUGUCAUGUGAUGAGUUUUGUAAUAAGGCUUGUUUCUGCUUUUGCAUCUGUAUUUUUCUUUCCUUUUCCUUUUUCCCCUUUCUUUUGGUUGCCCAAUGAUGUGACGUAAAGAUCAAAGAGUUGCGUUAUCUAUUUAUUUUUGUAUUAA